CCAGAGCCCACCAGAGUCCAGGAAGAGAUGAGACUGUGCUGACAGGGAGAAGGAAGCCCGAGCAGGCAGAGGAGCCGGGAGAGGGCUGAGGCAGACAGAGGUGGGGUGGGGUGUUCGCCUUGCCUUCCCUCCAAAGUCGCCUCCUCGUGUCUUCUCUGGUCCACAGCAUCUUUUUUUUGUUUUUACCACCCACUCAUCUCCACCCUAAUAAGAAAGGGCAUGGCCAUAUAAGAAGUUGUGCAGCUUUCCGCUUUCGGCUCAGAGGAGGCAAAGGUGCAACUUUCUUCAAUUGUCCCGAAUCCGGGUUCAGCAGCCUUCACCAUGCUGCCAAAGUGUGACCCCAACGAGAUCAAAGUCGUGUACCUGAGGUGCACUGGUGGGGAAGUCAGCGCCACAUCUGCCCUGGCCCCCAAGAUUGGCCCCCUGGGUCUGUCUCCAAAAACGGUUGGUGAUGACAUUACCAAGGCAACUGGUGAUUGGAAGGGUCUGAGUAUUACAGUGAAACUGAUUCAGAACAGACAGGCCCAGAUUGAGGUGGUACCUUCUGCUUCUGCCCUGAUCAUCAAAGCCCUCAAGGAACCACCAAGAGACAGAAAGAAGCAGAAAAACAUUAAGCACAGUAGAACCAUCACUUUUGAUGAGAUCGUCAACAUUGCCCAGCAGAUGUGGCAUCAGUCUCUAGCUAGAGAACUCUCUGGAACCAUUAAAGAGAUCACCCAGUCUGUGGGCUGCAAUGUUGAUGGCCGCCACCCUCAUGACAUCAUAGAUGACAUCAACAGUGAUGCUGUGGAGUGCCCAGCUAGUUAA